GUUAAAUUCUAUCAAUCUCUAAACCAACUGGUUUAACAGCAAGAACUAGCAACUUGGGAGUUGUAAAGCAGAGAUCACCACAUCUACAAAAAAUCUCCCACACCGACAUGUCGAGAUCCUUAGCUUUCGUUUACUUAUCCAUACUUUUCCUUCAGACCCAUCUCUCGAUCUCCGUCGAGGUUCCGGUUUCGUCGGUGAACGAAGAAAUAGACGCAAUGCUUGACCGGAAAGGCGUAGUCGGGGAAGAAGGAGAAGAGAUGAUGCCGUCGGAUAUAAGCCGGAGAGUGAUGAUGAUGCGGAAACAGUACAUAAGUUACGCAACGCUAAGGAGAGACAUGGUUCCUUGUCAGAGGCCAGGCGCUUCCUACUACGCUUGUCGCUCCGGACAGGCCAAUUCUUACAGCAGAGGAUGCAACAUCAUUACUAGGUGUGCUCGAGACACUAGCGACAUCAAGACCUGAAACAUUUUUAUCCGGUUUUCUUUUAAAUGCGGAUCUUGAUAAUGCGAUUAAAAUGCUCUCUCUCCAAGGAUGAGGCAAGUAAAAUCUUUAAUUCAUUUUGUAAUGUUGUUGUUUACAUUAGAAUAAGGCUUACGUAGUUUAUAUGUAAUCAAUAUUGAUAUAAUUGAUAUCUGUAUUGUUGGGAGUGUUGAGUGGAUUGAUAUAUGGAAGAUUGUGGACUUUUGUAGGAAAGAGUUGAAGUACUUAAGCUUGUUUAGGGGGUACUUUUGUACUAAAUUAGAAGUUUCUGGCAGAUUUUGUGAAUAAUUGAAAUGGUUAUUUAUGGGAAAAUUUAGA